UGAGAGAGUUUGAGGCAGCUCUGAUGCAAUUGGAUCCUGUGUAGUGAAUGCACACGUCAGCAGUCGGCGAAACAUCUCCAUUGCACUACGACCAUCUGCCAUUGUGUGCGGGACAGUCAUGAUAACAACAAUACGAUUGAUAUUUAAAGUAGCUGGGUCCAUUGUAAGUAGGUCUGAUUCAAUGAGUGAUGGCACUAGCAAUCGGAUCCGAGGCAGCUGGAUUGGCGAUGCUUUGACUUCAUCAGCGCAGAUACGACACAGUUGCUCUUUUGAUGCGAGGUUCAAUGUCUGCUGAACCAAAACAGUGGUGAAAUUCAUCGAGUCUUGGUCUGCAUCAUUCAUUUCAAACACAUAGUUGGGAGAUUCAUUGGUUCCGGUGUUGAUUAUAGUGGAUGCCCAGAGUGGAUAUUCAUGUUGCAGCUGUCUGGAUGCUCUUACAAAUGCUUCUUGAAUUGCACUUACUGAAAAUACUGACCGUUCUAUAUGGACUGAGCCACAUACCACAAUAUUAUUAGUGAAUUUCUGCAUCAGGUAGCUAGCCUCUUUUGCAUUCAAGGGACGCUGACUAUGUAGUGGUAUCAUUUGAUAAUAAUUCGUCUAUGUGUAUGUAACCAAGAUUUUGAUUUGCAGCCGAUUUAUGUAAAAUAGAACAUUUGUAUUUCAUCUUGCAGUCAUUGCCUCUUUGAAGUAAAUAAUAAAUAUUCGUUGUGUUUUCCUACU